UUUAAAAAGAUAGAAAAUAGUGGCAAAAAGUCUUGCCCUCGGUGUGUAACUCGUGUGUAAGAUUUGUGAAUUGUGAGGAGGAAAAGUUAGAAAAAGAGUCAAUUAUGCCGUUUGAAAAUAUUCGAAAAUGGGUUUACGUUACGACCAAAAAGCUUAUAUACCCAAUAAGCUGUUUGAUCAUGCGAGACACAUUGAUGUUUAAUUUUCUUAUAAAUCUCUUUGAUCCAAAGAGAAUUAUAUGGAAACUUUGAUCUUUCCUGUCAUAUCAAAGACCAUACUACGGAUUUUUUUUUAAAUAUGACAUCUAGGUACUACGUUUAAUCAAAGAGCCUUUAUUUAUUCACGGAAAACGUAUAACAAGAAGCUAGAAAAGCAUUUUACAUAUUUAAUAAUCAAUACACACCUAUUUUACCUAUCUUUUUUUUGUGCUAUAUAGUGGCCCUUCAUUUCUAUCGAUGUUCGUUUGAAAAUGAUGACAGUUUUCCAGAAAGUGAAAGCACACGUUUUGCGCAAGAAGAGCUCUUUAAACAUGGUUCACUUACAAAUUGUAACAAGAAAUUGGCGUUAACAGUAAAAAUGUACGGUGAAACAGACGUUAACUUUGGAGAUGAAUAUAUUCCCAUUGAACACGUCAUUAACGGACCAAGCAAAAGGCGCACACGUCUCCUGAAUCCUUAUGUGUUGCGUCUCCGAAGGGAAUUGCCAUUACAAGCGUAUGAACUGCGUAGAAUCGAUGUAAGGUUAUAUGUAGUUACGUAUUUAAUAAUUAGGUAACUGAGUUUUGUUCGCAGUUUCACCCACAUAAAGGACCUUCGCCGGGAUAAGACGAACUCGAGUUAUCAAAGUCAAUACUAGACAUCAGAUUACUUAAAAUGCAUUAAUUAAUUCAUGCUUUUAUUGCGUUAUUGCAUAUUUUAGUAUCUUUUUAUUGAUACUUAGUUCUAUUGAUAGUUAAAGACAUUGUAUAAAACGAUUGACCAAGCCAAUCCGAUUUGACGAUCAGAAAAAGGCCGUACCAACGUCAAAUGCUGUUUUAUAUAUAAAAAGCCGAGUCUUGACCUUAUAAAGAAAAAAAAACACAUCGAAUAAAACCUCUCCCUUUUCGUAAACUCGGUUAAAAAUAAACGUUAAUUUUAAUAAUAAAAACUAUUUGGAUUGUGCAUACACCCUUUUUGUUAUUUUGCAUAUUUGCUUGCAUAUUUUAGCAUUUUGCUAGUGCUUAAUAUGUUUAGUCAUGACAAUAUCUCCCAGACUGACGAGUUCAACAUAACACUUCGUGCCACAAAUGAAACAAAAUACUGUUAGUGGUAUCAUAACAAGCACUGAUUAUGAAGAAAAUAGCGACAAUCUAGAUAUUAAACGCCAUGCUCGUGACUCUGUUACAAUAAAGAAAAUAGAAAAUAAUAUGAUAGAAGACGGCGACAAGCUUUCUAAUCUUUCUUUUUUCAACCGUUACAAACGGGAAUACAGUAAUGACAUGGAACAACAUUAUGAUGAUAGGACUCAAAUGUGGAUUGUAACAGAUAAUUUAAUCUCAGAUAUCCAUAACUUCCAACAACCUGUGUAUGAAAAUAAUAAUAAAAAUAUUGGAUUUCUAGAAAACGAUGCAUACAACGAUCGUAAAAUUAAUCAUCGACAGAUAAACUCUAAUUAUAAAAAAUCCGAUCAAGUACCGCAUGAAGCAAAGAAAUUAUUACUUCUUGAUAAUAAACGUAAAACUGUGCUCAAUUUACAAUACAACGAAAAUAAUUUUACAACGAAGCAUUUCGAUUUUGACUCAAAAACCAGUGUCCAAACAGAACCUAUAAAUAAUAAUAUUGAUGGUAUUGAAAAGGCUUAUGCCUUAUAUGAGAUUGGCAAUCCAGAUAUGUGGUCUACAGUCCAUGUGCAAUUGUUUGAAAAAUUAACCUCACCAGAUGGACAUACUAUAUGGAACGAUAUUACUAAAGGAGAAUUAGCAAGUGUCAGUUCCUCACUCCCUGAGUGGGGAAAUGAAAAUAUGAAUAUAAAAUAUCAAGGUACAGAAUGGGUUACUCGAGAGGACUUUACCCUACCUACCAAAGGGUUAUGUCUACUUACUCCCAUACAGGACUCUGAUGCUGAUCACUUAAUUGAAAAUAUUAGUUUUGUGAAAGGUCAAGAAUACUUCGUGUUGCCCAAAGAUGCAAUAAUUACUUUAGAAGGCUCUAGUAGUGUUAUAAAACGAAGCAACAAUGACUCUCUUCCAAUGUCGACAGAAUAUAUAAAUAAUGAACAGUCCCGCCGGCGCGUGCAGAUUCGUUUGUCUAGAGCCUUAUUCACUGGCGCGGACGACAAGAUGAGCAUUGCUUCACGAGGAACUGAUCGAUUUCUAACCAUUCCGUAUCGACAGCCAAGCCGCGGUCAGAUUGAUCUGGAAGCUAAAGCAGAUGAAAAUCAACUUGUUACUGUGGGUUCAUUGGGUCGCAUUGCGACUGCCGUUGCUGAUAGUACCAGGCCGACAUCUACCGUUGUAACAAUUCAAGCUUCAAAUAACGGUUUAGCUGCGGCGCGAUUUAGAGCCGUGGUUCGUGAAUGUCACCCCGCGUUGUCUAAUGAAUUGGAUAACAAUGAUUCUGAAAAACUGGUUACGGAUCGGAUUCUUAUACCACCAAAACAUACGCGACAAUUGAAACUUCAAAUUGCUAAUAAGAUUCCGGUGGAUUCUUCUCAUUGUUCUGUGGCUUUAAUAAACGACUUCGAUGCACAAGUGGCUGUGCGGGAUGUAAUAAUGAGGAAAGGCGAUCGUUGUUUUUGUGUGUGGCAUUGCGAUUGUGUUUGCUUAGGUGAAGAUCCAAAACUUCUUUGUCGCGAGAUGUCGACGUCUCGCCUGUUAGCGGCAGGCCUGUCCUCACAUAACCGGAAGCGCCACGCUCGCUCAGUUUGCUACAAGGAUAUUGUCUCCAUUGAUCUGUGCAUAACAAUAAUUGGUGUUAUUACCACGUUAUUAUUGUUAGGCUUACUGAAGGCUCUUAUAGGAUUAUUCGUUCCUUCUGUGAGGAAUUGGGGUUUGGAUUGCGUGUUGCAGACGCCUCGGAAACUGGAGCAUUACUAUGAGAAAUCGCUCAGUUCGCGGCCGGUGGAAUACGAUGCCGAUGGUUGGCCUGUGCACCCUGACACGAAAAAAAGAACUGUACGCUUCGUCAGCGGAUCUAUGGAAUUUAUAUUAAAUACGAUAUACUUUAUCAUCGCGCCCUGUUUGCUUGUACGCAAUACUAUAAGGACGAUUAUAACUCGCUGUAAAAAUCAAGGAAAGACGGAACCGGCAAAGGCGUUUGCCAAAGACCCUAAAAAGUGUUUUAGUUCUCGUGACAUGCAGAGCGUGCAACCACGCUGGCGCCACCGACGAGGAGGUUUGCGCCGAUGGAUGACUCCUCAAGCUGAGGAACUGUCCGCCGAUCUUUGGCGGAAAGCGUUUUCCUCUCGACAGCCGAUUAAACGCGAUAUUAUGCAGCCACUGCUUCACGGACACCAUUAUCAUAACGUCAAUAGUAAUAAUGAGGGGCACGAGUCAUGCGUUGAUUCCGACCAAGAUGACACGGAAUACGUUCUCAUGGAAAUGCAGAAGAGCAGGGAGUCAUUGAGGCGAAGUCAAAGAAAAUUAAAUGAAUCUGGAGGUUUAUCAUCGAAGAACGAUGCGAAGAGAAAAGAUUUAUCUAGAGUUAGAAAUAAUUAAUAAAAUGUUUUUCAUAUUCUAUAACUAUUUCUUGAAUACAUAUCUAUACAUUAUUUUUAAACUAAUAAAUAUAUUUUUUAUAAUA